UCUGUCUGCCUAUCGCGAUACAUGCCAUUCGCGGCUCGGCACGUCUUUGUUAACAACCAUGCCUAGAGACGAUCUAUCCAUCGACUUCGUCAGGAGGAUGCCGCCACCCGAGGUCCUCGACCCGGCGCUGGUUCUUGACGAGUGGAUCAACCGGGUGCAGAACCUGCCCGAGGAGAUCCGCUUCGUCCAAGAGGAGAUCGCUGACAAGGACCGUCAGUACAAUGAGUGCAUCAAGUUGAUUGAGGAGAGGGACGCGCGCAUACAAAAGUGGAUCAAGGCGAACGGCAGCCACGAGCCUAACCCGCGCGAGGAAGGCUACCGCCAGACCAUUCGCGAGAACUUCUCCCGCGCCGACCAGCUCGCGAACGACAAGAUCGCGCUGACACAGAGGCUGCAACUCAUAGUGGACAAGCACAUCCGCAACCUCGACAUCCAGAUCAAGGCUCUCUACGACCGGAAUGAGCCCGGCUUUACCGAUCCCGACGAGAUCCCCUCUCUCCUCCGGCCGAGCGCCGCCAACCAUUCCGCCCCGUCGAUACGGUCCGUAAACCCGUCCGCCAGUUUGGCCUCGGGCACGACCGCCCUCAACCCUAUCCUCAACAACGCCUCCCAAUCCUCAAUCCGAGCCUCCAACCCUCAGAUUAGAAGUACAAUAUCUCACCAGCAGGGCUCGGCAUCCGCGCCCGCGACGCCCGCCGCGAGUAUAAUCCUGAACCGCCAGGCAAGGGAGAGUUCGGCCGGCCCAGGGAGCGGUGCCCCUAAGAGGGGCCCCCGCUCCAGCGUCGGCCUCGGCAACGCCCCGGCGCUGUCCAGCGGACUGGCGCGGCACUCCUCUCUGGGACCGGGGACCCCGAAGUCGCACACCGCGGCCGGGGUCCAGCGGGCGGGCAGCGCCGGGCCGAGAGCCACGACCAAGGGAACCGGCGCCGGCGUCGGCCGCAAGUCCGGCACCCCCUCGAGCACGGCCGGCCGCAAGAAAGGGACACCAGCGGCGGGCGGCGGCGCCGCGGGCGCCAACAAAUCGGGCCUGUCCCGCGUGAAGCGGGUGGGCUCCAAGAACAGCCCGUCGUCGACGGCCGAGAGCGAGCUCUCGGGCGCCGAGAGCAUCAGCGACGACGACUCGGACGUGCCGACGGGCGGGAGGGGCACCCCUGCGGCGCGGCCGGGCCCCAGCGGGCCGGACAAGGGCGCCAACAACAACAACAACAACAACAACAACAACAACAACAAGGAAGGUAGCCGCGAGAGGGAAGGUCCAGGCGGCGGCGGCGGCGGCGGCCGGGCGGGCAGCCAGGCGCAGGGAAGUAGCCAGCGGGAUCGGGAGGGCAGCGCUAAGGGCGUGAGGGUAGGGGGACCUGGGGCGGGCGACGACGAGGAUGCCAUGGACGUCGACGACGAUGAGGCGGGCGACGAUAAGAAGUACUGCAUCUGCCAGAACGUCAGCUUCGGCGACAUGGUUGCCUGCGACAACGACGCCUGCCCCUACGAGUGGUUCCACUGGAGCUGCGUGGGUCUCAAGAGCGAGCCCAACGGCAAGUGGUUCUGUCCGGUCUGCACGGAGAAUAUGAAGAAGAGGGGGAAGUGAAAUGGAGGUGGCCCCGGGUUGUUUGUGUCAUGUGUUUGGGGAUCAUGGGAGGGGCGUUGGACUGGCG